GAGGUUCAACAUAGGGAAUGCUUCUUACAUAUGUGCCCAUAAUCUCCAGCUCUAUGAUGGAAAUAAAUGCAAGGAAGCAAUAGAAUUUUAGGGGAUGAGCCUCUCAAAGGAUGGAAGUGGUUGUACAUCCUAUCCUUCUGUGUCAGAGCCCAGCAGAUCAUUUCCCUAGUUAUAGAAACAUUUGAGUCUUUACCCCUUGCCGUAUUGACAAAGCUCUUAAUUGGCUUGACUGAUCACAUUGCUAGAUAUAAAGGCUACAAUCCCUAGACUAAGAAGUAGGUCUCCAGUCGGGGUAGGGAGUCUCAGCCAAUGUACGCAGGGUACAAGACCCUACAGCCUGCUCUCUCUCCUGGCCUCAUACAGAGCAGCUUUUAGGGGAACCAAGUUGGGAUACUCAACCCCAACUUUUUCCCUUCUCUUCCAUCUCUCAUACAGGAAACCUUACGAAAGAGCCUUAGGGGCCUGACAAAGCUGAGAAGACGGCAAACAUGGGAAGUGGAGCCAGUGCUGAGGACAAAGAACUGGCCAAGAGGUCCAAGGAGCUAGAAAAAAAGCUGCAGGAGGAUGCUGACAAGGAAGCCAAGACUGUCAAGCUGCUACUGCUGGGUGCUGGGGAGUCAGGAAAGAGCACCAUCGUCAAACAGAUGAAGAUCAUUCACCAGGAUGGCUAUUCACCUGAAGAAUGCCUGGAGUUCAAGGCUAUCAUCUAUGGGAAUGUGCUGCAGUCCAUCCUGGCUAUCAUCCGGGCCAUGUCCACACUGGGCAUCGACUAUGUUGAAGCAAGCUGUGCGGAUGAUGGUCGACAGCUCAACAACCUGGCUGACUCCAUUGAGGAGGGAACCAUGCCUCCCGAGCUGGUGGAGGUCAUUAGGAGGUUGUGGAAGGAUGGUGGGGUGCAAGCCUGCUUCGAGAGAGCUGCAGAAUACCAGCUCAAUGACUCCGCAUCUUACUACCUGAACCAAUUAGAACGAAUUACAGACCCUGAGUACCUUCCUACUGAGCAAGAUGUGCUCCGAUCCAGAGUCAAAACCACGGGCAUCAUUGAGACCAAGUUUUCUGUCAAAGACUUGAAUUUCAGGAUGUUUGAUGUGGGAGGGCAGAGAUCAGAGAGAAAGAAGUGGAUCCACUGCUUCGAGGGAGUCACCUGCAUAAUUUUCUGUGCAGCCCUCAGUGCCUAUGAUAUGGUGCUGGUGGAAGAUGACGAAGUGAAUCGUAUGCAUGAGUCUUUGCAUCUGUUCAACAGCAUAUGUAACCACAAGUUCUUUGCGGCUACUUCCAUCGUCCUCUUUCUCAACAAGAAGGACCUCUUUGAGGAAAAAAUCAAGAAAGUCCAUCUCAGCAUUUGUUUUCCAGAGUAUGAUGGUAACAACUCCUAUGAUGAUGCGGGGAAUUACAUCAAGAGCCAGUUCCUUGACCUCAACAUGCGAAAAGAUGUCAAAGAAAUCUACAGUCACAUGACCUGUGCUACAGAUACACAGAACGUCAAAUUUGUGUUUGAUGCAGUUACAGAUAUUAUUAUCAAAGAAAACCUCAAGGACUGCGGCCUCUUCUAAUCCUCACCAUUCCUCAGGUAUAAGUUCUAUAAACAGGCUUGGAAUCUGGGUGAUUACAAACAGAAAAUUAUAGUCAAUAGACCAUGACAUGAAGAAUGAAUCCAUUCUUUGGAGACGGAGUAUGCAUGGCUGCAGCUGUGUUUUAUAUAUUCUUUUCAAUGUGGGAUAGCUAGUGCAGCUUAAAGAGCAGAGGCCAGUAGUUAGAAGACCCUCCCCCACUCCCAGGUUCCAGUACUCGUUUUCCAACUUAAUACAACAAUGUGAAUACUUCA